UUUCAGGACCCCACCUUGAUGUUUCGGGACCCUACUUUGGGUCCCGACCCCAACUUUGGGAAACACUGGUUUAAAGAGUGGAAGCGAAGUUUCCGAGCCGCACCUGAACGCAGCGGCCGGGCCCUCUCUGGCCCCGCCUCUCCAGCACGCCUCCGCCCGGCUCACCCUGCAGGGCGGGCGGCCGCCGGAGCUCAGAGUCUCCCGCGGGUCGAAGGAUGGAGGAGUUGGCCAGAGAGAGCAUCAGUCUGCUGGCUUCAGCCUCCUCCAGGUGUCGGCUGGACCCGGCGGGGCCGCGGCUGGGCUCCGUGGGGGCCGUCUUCAUCAUGCUGAAGUCUGCUCUGGGCGCUGGGCUCCUGAACUUCCCCUGGGCCUUCCAGAGAGCCGGGGGGGUCCGCAGCGCCGUGAGCAUGGAGCUGAUCUCUCUGGUGUUCCUGACCAGCGGCCUCAUCAUCCUGGGCUACUCCUCCUCCGUAAGUGGCGGCGGCACCUACCAGGCGGUGGUGAAGCGGCUGUGCGGCCCGGCCAUCGGGCAGCUCUGCGAGGUCUGCUUCGUCUUCAACCUGUUCAUGAUCUCCGUGGCCUUCCUGGUCAUCGUCAACGACCAGCUGGAGAAACUGUGCGACUCCCUCUACGAGCUGGUGAGCGGGUCGCCCAGGUCUGAGCUGGAGUAUCACGUCUACACCGACCACCGCCUGGCUCUGCUGCUGCUCUGUGCCGUCCUCAUCCUGCCGCUGUCCGUCUCCAGGGAGAUCAGCAUCCAGAAAUACAUCAGUGUUCUGGGUACUCUGGCUUCGACCUACCUGACCAUAUCCAUUAUCGUAAAGUACCACACCAGACCGGCUGUUCCGGUUCACAUGGCCCCCCUCUUCUCCAGCGGGUCCGGCUCCUGGGCCUCGGCCUUCAGCGUCAUUCCGACAAUUUGUUUCGGUUUCCAGUGCCACGAGGCGUCCAUCGCCAUCUACAGCAACAUGGAGGACCGGCGUCUGUCUCACUGGGUCUGUGUCUCUGUGGCGGCCAUGAUCAUCUGCUUCAUCAUUUACUCCCUCACAGGUGUUUACGGGUACCUGACGUUUGGGAAGCAGGUGGAGGCUGACGUCUUGAUGUCCUACCCCAGCCAUGACGUCCUGAUGCUGGUCGCCAGGCUGCUGUUUGGGGUCUCCAUCAUCACAAUCUACCCCAUCAUCGUGCUGCUGGGCAGAUCCGUGAUCCAGGACCCUCUGCUGAGUUGGUGGCGGAGAUGCGGCGGCGCUGCGGAGAAGGAGCGGUCAGAAAGCCACAGCCGCUACGCGCUGACGGUGGCGUGGAUAUUGGUGACGCUGCUCAUCGCCGUCUUCGUACCGGACAUCAGUAAGGUGAUCGGCAUCAUCGGAGGGAUCAGCGCUUUCUUCAUCUUCAUCUUCCCAGGACUCUGUCUGGUGUUCGCCGUGCGGUCCGAGCCCGUUUCCUGCAGAACCAGAGUCUUCCUCACAGUUUGGGGAGUUGUGACUCUGAUCUGUGGAGCCUUCAUCUUCUGUCAGAGCACCACGGUGGCCGUGCUGCAGCUCCUGGGAAAGAUCUGACUCCUCCUCCUCCUCCUCCUCCUCCUCCUUCAUGUUGGUUUUUGUCAUGAACUCGUUUUUUCUCCUCCUGUGGUGAGUUUUGUCUCCGGAGUGAAAACAGCCAGAAAAACUCAGGUUUUUGUCUGGUUUUACUGGCUGCAGCUGCACUGCUUGUUUGUUUUUAGUCUGAGGAGGGAAACCCACUGUUUGCAUCUUUGUGUGUAAAUUUGAAAAACAAAAGAAA